AUGUCUGAUAAAUUUGAAUCACUUUGUGAAUUUCUGAGAAAUGUUCCAUUAACUCAAAUUACUAACUCGAGCAUACUAUAUCAAUUACUAUUACGUAAAGUGGAAGACGAGGAUGUGACUGAUGACCAUAAAGAACAUCUUAGAUUAUUGCAAGAUAAUAAUCAGGCAAUCGAUUGA